AUGAGUGGCACCGUCGAGUUGCCGCCGGAAGAGUCGACCCUUCUGCGGGCAUCACGAGGGCUUGGUGUUGCCUUUUGGGCUGUGGCGAUAGCCAACGGCCUAUACAUGAUAUUCACACUGCGAUCGCAGAGCUUCUGGCCGGGUCUCCACAACCUUUGUGCGGGCCUCCUCCUAGUUCUCGUGGCAUCUGCUUCGGGCGUGUGGGAGGUGAAGGCCAUGCGAUCACGGCUGGAUGAAAGCGAAGGCCGGUGCCUGAAGGUUGGCCGUGAGUUCUUCCUGGCCGGCAUGUACUUCGUUGUUGCUGGCUUUCUGAGCUCGCCUUCCACCGCCUCCGAGCCUCAGGAGUCAGCAGAAGUAUUGGGCCGUAUACUUUGCGUUUUCGGCUGGUUGCUGGCGCUGCUUCGCGUGCUGCUGACGGUAAUCCCAUGUAUGGCCCGCCGGGGCGCGGAGAACGAGACCGCAGAGCCGUUCAGGACAGAGCCAUCCGCAGAGCCAUCUGCAGAGCCGCGGACGGAACCGCGAACGACGCGGUCGGAAGGAGAGCAGGAGCAGCCUCGCGAGGCACGUACUGUGUCCACUCCGUCAGGGCUGUGCCCCGACGUGCCAAGGUACGAUCCCAAGGAGUCUGGCCAGCGGUGA